AUGAUCGGGAAAUUACUCAAAUCGGAAGGUUUCAAGGUGAAACCGGAACUUCUCGGAGCCAUAGGAAGCGUAAUCGGCGCCGUUAACGGCAGAAACAGCGAGAAAUCGGUGCUAGAUUGGCUUUUACCAAACCUUGAAGAUGAGAGUCAUGAAGCAAGUAGUUCUUCUUCUCCAUCUUCGUCUUCUUCUCAGGUGAAGAAUGCGGAAGAGCAAGUGGUUCUUCUUCUCCAUUCUCGCACUUCUGUAUCACCAUGA